CUGCCCUAACAGAUCCUUUUCUUGCAGACGGUGAAAAAGCAAUCUGGCUCCCGAGGUCCCCCCCUUACACCCCAGGGUCCAGAUGGCGGCCAAUGUGGGUGAUCAGCGCGGCACCGACUGGUCCUCCCAGUACAGCAUGGUGGCCGGGGCGGGCAGGGAGAACGGCAUGGAGACGCCCAUGCACGAGAACCCGGAGUGGGAGAAGGCCCGCCAGGCCCUGGCCAGCAUCAGCAAGGCGGGCGCGGCCGGCAGCUCCAAGGCCAGCAGCAACGGGCCUGUGGCCGGCUCACAGUAUGUGUCUCAGGCGGAAGCCUCGGCGCUGCAGCAGCAGCAGUACUACCAGUGGUACCAGCAGUACAGCUACGCCUACCCCUACAGCUACUACUACCCCGUGAGCAUGUACCAGGGCUACGGCUCCCCCUCCCAGUACGGGAUGGCCGGCUCCUACGGCUCAGCCACACCCCAGCAGCCAGCAGCCCCCCAGCACCAAGGCACUCUGAACCAGCCCCCCGUCCCCGGCAUGGAUGACGGCAUGUCCUACCAGGCCCCUCCCCAGCAGCUGCCAGCAGCUCAGCCCCCUCAGCCCUCCAACCCCUCGCAUGGGGCUCACGCUCUGAACAGCGGCCCCCAGCCUGGGACAACGCCAGCCACACAGCACAGCCAGGCGGGGCCCACCUCGGGCCAGGCCUACGGGCAGCACACCUACACCGAGCCGGCCAAGCCCAAGAAGGGCCAGCAGCUGUGGAACCGCAUGAAGCCGGCCCCCGGCACUGGUGGUCUCAAGUUCAACAUUCAGAAGCGGCCCUUCGCUGUCACCAACCAGAACUUCAGCUCCGCCUCGGAGGGCCAGCACAGCGGCUUCGGCCCCCAGCCCAACCCCGAGAAGGCCCAGAACCACAGGGGGAGCCUGUCCGGGAAGCCAGACGACUGGCCGCAGGACAUGAAGGAGUAUGUGGAGCGCUGCUUCACGGCCUGCGAGUCGGAAGAGGACAAGGACCGCACGGAGAAGCUGCUCAAGGAGGUGCUGCAGGCCCGGCUCCAGGAUGGCUCGGCCUAUACCAUCGACUGGAGCCGGGAGCCUCUGCCUGGGCUGACGCGGGACACGGUGGCAGAGAGCCCCAAGAAGAAGCGGUGGGAGGCCCCCAGCAGCCUUCACCCUCCCAGGGGGGCAGGCGCCACGACCAGGGGCGGGGGUGCCCAGUCACAGCGCGGGACGCCAGGGGCUGGGGGUGCUGGCCGAGCGCGGGGCAGCUUUGCCAAGUUCGGCAACCGCAAUGUCUUCAUGAAGGACCACAGCUCCUCCUCCAGCACAGAAUCCCGUUCCCGCUCCUCCUCCCGGUCCCCGACCCGCCACUUCCGCCGCAGUGACUCGCACUCGGACUCGGACAGUUCCUACUCAGGGAAUGAGUGCCAACCUGUGGGCCGCAGGAACCCGCCCCCCAAAGGCCGAGGAGGUCGGGGGGCCCACAUGGAUCGGGGCCGAGGCAGGGCGCAGCGAGGGAAGAGGCAUGAUCUAGCGCCCACCAAGCGCAACCGCAAGAGGAUGGCGGCGCUGGAGUGUGAGGACCCCGAGCGCGAGCUGAAGAAGCAGAAGCGGGCAGCCCGCUUCCAGCACGGACAUUCCCGCCGCCUGCGUCUCGAGCCCCUGGUGCUGCAGGUGGGCGGCCUGGAGAGCAGCGGGGGCGACCCCGACUGGCAGGAGCUGCAGAUCGUGGGCACCUGCCCUGACAUCACCAAGCACUACCUGCGUCUCACCUGUGCCCCCGACCCGUCCACGGUGCGCCCUGUGGCGGUCUUGAAGAAAUCACUGUGCAUGGUCAAGUCCCAGUGGAAAGAGAAGCAGGACUAUGCCUUCGCCUGCGAGCAGAUGAAGUCCAUCCGGCAGGACCUGACGGUGCAAGGCGUGCGCACCGAAUUCACCGUGGAGGUGUACGAGACGCACGCCCGCAUCGCCUUGGAGAAGGGCGACCACGAGGAGUUCAACCAGUGCCAGACGCAGCUCAAGUCACUGUAUGCGGAGAGCCUGCCCGGCAACGUGGGUGAGUUCACCGCCUACCGCAUCCUCUACUACAUCUUCACCAACAACUCGGGAGACAUCACCACGGAGCUGGCCUACCUGACGCGGGAGCUGAAGACGGACCCUUGUGUGGCCCAUGCCUUGGCGCUGAGGGCAGCCUGGGCUCUGGGCAACUACCACCGCUUCUUCCGGCUCUACAGCCACGCGCCCUGUAUGUCUGGCUACCUCAUAGACAAGUUUGUGGACCGGGAGCGCAAAGCCGCCCUCAAGGCCAUGAUCAAAACGUAUGUUCAGUUGAGCUCCCCCACGUCCCCCCUACUUCCCCUCCAUUCCUGGCGAGCAGGGCUCUAGCUCCAGUCCCGGUCUGUUCUGGCCCC